AUGGCAGAUAAAAUUCUGAUGCGAGAAUACCAGGCACUGGGCAAGGAGAAAUGGGUCAACGUCGAACUACACAAUGACGAUAUCUUCAACUGGGACGUCGCCCUGAUCGUGCUGAACCCAGACUCGCUGUACUACGGCGGCUAUUUCCGCGCAUCCAUGACCUUCCCCACGAACUAUCCUUACGCUCCACCGAAAUUCUGCUUCCUGCAACCCCUCUUCCACCCUAACAUCUACGAAGAUGGCAAGCUCUGCAUCUCCAUCCUCCAUGCCCCCGGCGACGACGAGAUGUCCGGCGAACUAGCCUCCGAGCGUUGGUCGCCCGCUCAGCGGGUCGAAUCCGUCCUCAUCUCCAUCCUGUCACUGCUCGACGACGCCGAAGUGUCCUCGCCAGCCAACGUCGACGCCGCUGUCAUGCUCCGCAAGAAUCCCGAGGAGUACCGGGCGCUCGUGAAGGCGGACGUGGAGGAGUCGAGGAAGUACAUUCCCGCGAGUUUUACCAUGCCGACGCACGAAUCGACGCUCCCAAAGGAGGAUGUGGAGAAGGAAGAUCCCAGUUUUUGGGCGGACAGCGAUGUCGACAGCGAUAUUUUCGGGGGAAGUGACUCUGACGAGGAGCUGGACCUGGAUCCCGAUACGGGCAGUGACCUUGAAGAUGAAGAAGGCGAGGACGAAGACCACGAGAAGAUGGAGUAA